AUUCACUAUUCGAUAUCAUCUCAUCAAGUCAACAGUCAAGAUCAAUUUUCUUGAAAUUUUGUUGUGUUUGAAGUUCAAACUUUGUAAAGUUGUGCAAUUUAUAGAGGAUUUCUUAGAAUUUCAAGUUACCAGUACCGUUAAUCAGAAUGUUCAGUCAAGGCGGUCUGGGCAGUUCGACGACAUUCGGCGGCGUCGCAGCGACGCCGUCUACCGCCAAUCCGAUGAAGGACUUCGAGGUGGUUUCGCCGCCCGACGACUCCGUCUCGGCGCUCGCCUUCAGUCCGGCCUCCAUCCAGCAGAACUUCCUCAUCGCCGGCAGCUGGGACAACAACGUACGCUGCUGGGAGGUGGAGCAGAGCGGUAAGACAAUUCCGAAGUCUAUGCAAAGCAUGCAGGGCCCCGUACUGGAUGUCUGCUGGCAUGACGACGGAACAAAGGUGUUCAUGGCGUCGUCGGAUAAGAUGGUGAAGUGUUGGGACUUGGCCAGCAAUCAGACAGUGCAGGUGGCCGCUCACGAUGCGCCAAUCAAGACCUGCCACUGGAUCAAAGCGCCACAGUACACCUGUCUCAUGACCGGCUCCUGGGACAAAACACUCAAGUUCUGGGACACACGCAGUCCUAACCCGAUGCUAAUUAUCAAUUUGAAUGAACGAUGCUAUUGUGCUGAUGUGGACUUCCCGAUGGCAGUUGUGGGAACGGCAUCCCGUGGUCUCAUCAUCUACCAGCUGGAAACGCAGCCCAGAGAGUACAAGCGCAUCGAUUCGCCUCUCAAAUAUCAACACAGGUGUGUUGCUAUAUUCAGAGACAAGAAGAAAGUGCCCACAGGUUAUGCGUUGGGCAGUGUUGAGGGCAGAGUAGCAAUUCAGUACGUCAAUCCACAGAACCCAAAAGACAACUUCACCUUCAAAUGUCAUCGGUCGAAUGGCGCUCCCGGAGGUUACCAAGAUAUAUAUGCAGUGAAUGAUGUGAAAUUCCAUCCGGUGCACGGCACUCUGGCCACAGUGGGUUCGGACGGCACGUUCAGCUUCUGGGACAAGGACGCCAGAACCAAACUGAAGCCGUCCGAGCCGAUGGAGCAGUCCAUCACCAAAUGCGCCUUCAACCACAACGGACAAAUAUUCGCCUACUCGGUCAGCUAUGAUUGGGCCAAGGGACAUGAGUUCUACAACCCUAUGAAGAAGAAUUACAUUUUCUUAAGGUCUUGUUUCGAGGAACUCAAGCCAAGAGCAACCACUUGAGAAAUCAACGAAUGUUUUUUAUAUCUAAUUUAUUGCAUUUUUUGUACGGUAUUCUAUUGAAGAAUGCCUUUCUGUACUAGAUUAAAUAUUUCUUAUCAAUAUAAUCGGCAUUGUUAUAUCUCUCUAAUAUAUUUAUAAAAUAGAAUUAUAGUGCCCUUUGAUAUUAAUAAAAGAAUAUGUUAUAUCAUAGAGAAACAAUAGCAUAAGAAGAUAACCCAUGGUAUAGGGCGUUUAUGUCGCAACUUUUACUGUUAUCUCAAGCUGACAGUCCACGUAGUUCUUUCUUUCCUGUGAAGCUUUAUGACGCUGGUAGUCUCUCAUAUUGUGCCGUUCAUACACUCUUACCCGGUCAAAACAGUAAAAAUCGACAGUAAUCGGCUUGAGAUAACAGUAAAAGUUGCGACAUAAACGCCCUAUACCAUGGGAUAUCUACUUACGCUAUUGUUUCUCUAUGGUUAUGUCAAACUGAUAUAAACCUGACGAUGAUGUGAACACUGAAACUAGUUGUUAUAAUUUGUAUUCUUGAUCUAAAAUUUUAUUAAUAUCAAAGGGUACUAUGAUUAUAUUUUAUAAAUAAAAGAAAGUAGCCCUGAGUAUAUACAUUUUAAGAAGAUAAUAUGGAACUCUCUAAUAUAAUAUCAGUAAGUUCUGAGAAUUGUUCAUUGUAUUCAAGGAAUAUAUAAAAGCCUAUUCAUAAGACAGUUCACAACUCAAACCUAAUUUAAUAUUCAUAUUUGUUCAAAAUUUAUCAUUUAAUGUAAUUCACUUCUGUACUUAUAAUUGAGUUUUUUAAAUGAAAUAGUUUGGAAAAUAAUGACGUAUCUUUUAUUUCUAUCACUAAAUUGUUAGGUUUAGUGCAGAGAAACGAGCAAUUUUGAAAUAGUUUUAUUUCCUCGAAAAAAUCGUAAUAAAACUAGUAGAAUACU